AUGCGGGAGAGUAGUCUUCUUUCUGAUUUCUUCGAUGUUUGGUUGAACAUUGGAUUGAAGACGAAAUAUGGAUUUGAUUCCCUUUUCUUUGCUAAAAUUCUUCCUUUUUCUUCUUUGUCGCUGUCUCCCAAUCAUUUAAUCAUUGCUUCACCUGUCGCCAUGCUUUCGUUCUUGCGUUACUUCCCCCUUUUUAUUUCUCACUAUCCUGAUGUCUUUUGCCUUCCUAUCUUCCGUUCCAAUGCUUUCUCUUCUAUUUGCUUUCCCACUAUUUCUUUCAUUUUUUUCUCUCUUUAUUUUCUGUUUCUUUCUCUUUGUAUCUUUUUCUUCCUGCAUUCUAUUUUCCCUCCUCUACUUCUCUUUGUCUUCUUCCCUGUCUUCUAUUCUAUUUCUCUCUGUUUGUAUUUACCUUUGCCUUCGACUACUGUUGAAUUUCCUUCCUGUUUUCUGUCCUCCGUUUUCCUGCUCCUUUUUCUCUUUUCCUUCUUUCCAUGUCGUUUCUCUUUCUUUAUUACUCUCCUUUAUUCUCCUUCUUUUAUCCCCUCCCAUUUACUUCAUUAUUUUAAAUUCCUCUCUGCUUUCUGCCCGUCUCCCUUCUAUUGCUUUUCCGCUCUUCCUUCUACUCACUUUUCUUCUAUUUAUUUUCUCCUCUUACUUCUACUCUCCUUCCUUCUAUUUCUUUGCCUUUCUUCCUUCUUCACUCAUUCCUUCUAUUUCUUUUCCUCUCUUCCUUCUACCCCCCAUCCUUUUAUUUAUUUUUUCUCUUCCUUCUACUCUCCUUCCACCUAUUUCUUUUCCACUCUUCCUUCUCCUCUCAUCUCGUCUAUUUCUUUUCCUCUCUUCCUUCUACUCCCCUUUCUUUUAUUUCUCGUCCUCUCUUCCUUCUGCUCACCUUCCUUCUGUUUCUUUUCCUCUCUUCUUCUCUCUUUCCUUCUACUUCUUUUCCUCUCUUCCUUCUACUCUCCUUUCCUCUUUAACUUCUAA